AUGCAUUUGGGCUGCACUCACCUUUUCCAGGAUGCCAUCUUCAUCUUGUGGGCAAUGCCUUGCUACAGUGUGACCAUGGUACUGACCAACAAUGUCACUUACCUCGGAAUGACCAACUCUGGGGCAGAUUUAAGCUGGAGGAACAGAAGCAGCAGUGAAAUGCCUCACAGCCGAAGAAAGCGCUUUAUUUCUUUAAGUGACAUGACUGCAGUUUUGGAUUACCACAACCGUGUGCGCUCCCAGGUUUUCCCACCUGCUGCAAACAUGGAGUACAUGGUUUGGGAUGAAAGGCUGGCUAAAUCAGCAGAGUCUUGGGCCUCACAGUGCAUAUGGGACCACGGCCCUCCCCAUGUCAUGAAGUACAUGGGCCAGAAUCUAUCCAUCAGCACUGGCAGGUACAGAACUGUGAUUGAGCUGAUAAAAUCAUGGCAUGAGGAGAAGAACUCUUUCUCAUACCCUAACAGAUGCUCCGGCUCUGUUUGUACCCAUUACACACAGAUGGUGUGGGCCAGCACCAAUAGGAUUGGGUGUGCCAUCAACAGGUGUUCAAAUAUGUACGUGUUUGGGACUACAUGGGAGCAGGCCACCUUGCUCGUCUGUAACUAUUCUAUUAAGGGUAACUGGAUUGGAGAAGCUCCAUAUAAGACAGGAAAGCCAUGCUCUGCUUGUCCUUCUACUUAUGGUGGAUCAUGUCACAAGAAUCAGUGUUCCACUUCAAAACCCAGGAAGAAAUUCAAGAUUUUUUAA